GCGGGGCCGGCCCGGGGACCCGGGCAGCCAUUUGGUGGCGGCUCCGAAAUGACGGCGGGAGCAGGCCCGGCAGCGGAGCGGGGAGCCAGGCCCGGGCCCCGGAGCUGCAGCCGGCCCGGGUGCGGGAGCCGGGCCCGGGCUCUGGGGCGGUAGCCGGGCCUGGUGCGGGAGCGGGGCCGGGCUCGGGUGCGGCUGACAGCGGCCUGCGGACGGGGCGAAGCCGCGGGGAGCUCGCGGGGCCGCCCGGCGUUCCGGGCACCGGCGCACGGAGGCGGGAGCUCCCGGUGCCCUCCCUGGGGAGCCGCAGCACCGGGCAGUCCGGAGUCGCACCGGAGCCAUGAAUAUUCCCAGUGUGGAAUACACAUGGAGCUGUGCCUUGGGGUAAUGGUGGAGCACAGUCGUGGUGGGAGACAGGCCCUAGGGCUGCACCCACCGUGUCGCGUUUGGAGUGUCUUAAACACCAAAACACAAAAGAACCGAGCAGGAAAAGCGCGUCCCGCUUGUGCUGAUGCCCGAGGUGCACGGAGGGUUUCCAGUUGAGUGUAGGAGUCAGCACAAAGCACAGAAGGGCAGCAGAGUGGUGGGAGAGUGAUGAGUGUUCAGUUCAUCCAGGGUUCAGAGGGGAAUGGCGUGGAUCUCUAACGAGAGAAAAUAAUGACAAAGUUUCGACAGGCAACCAGGAGAUUUUCUGAUCUAGGCCUGUUUAAUUUCCAUGCAAACUUAGAAUUUUGUUUGGGUUUAACUGUAGUUCCUGAAGCUUCUCUUGUGGUUGUUCUCUCAUGGCCAAUAUAGCUGCAUCAUAGUAAUGAAACUAAAAUUAAAAACAGUCCUUUGGAUUACAAGGGUGUAAAUUUGCAAUUGUGGCAGAAAAGAUCUAAUCUUAAAUGAGAAGCAGCCAGUACAGCUGUAAAUCUUCUGAAUCAAAAUACUAUUCUUUGCCCUUUGGUCUUUCUUAAAUAUCUGUGGAAACACUAGAAAUUGAAACUUCUGUUGCUGGUGUAAGGAUUAUUCCAUGAAACACUGAAGUCUUAAUUUUUGUAGUGAAUCACUUUCCCAAGACCUUCAUGCCUUUUUUGUGAUCUGUUUCUUGUUUCUGCAUUGUAAGCAAAGCUUCCCAAGAAAAGGUGUUUUUAUUAAUUCAUAUUUCUGUCUUUGUUGAGGUUGUGAACAUUUCUUUCAAAAAUACUAAAUUCUAACACGUGUCAGUGCUUUAGGCAUCCCAAAGCAAAGUGCUGAUCUUGAGUGUUGAUCUCAUUUAUUUAAAGCUUUGUUGCUUUAAAAUAGAUAAAUAAUUACAAUACCCAGAUGGUAAUAGCUGAUAGCAUCUGUUAGGAGUAUGUUACAUUUCAUUUGGUGAUAUUUUAUAUACCCUUAAUGGGACAAAUGUUCAGGGUCUCUCCAUGCUGACUGGACAACCCUAAGGAAAGGAAAAAAAUAAAAAUUAUAUGUCCAUGGGCAUCUAAAGUCAUUCUGUACAACCUUUAAAAAGGUUUUCCAGCUCCGUGGAGCCCUAUGUUUUCUUGCCUAUAUCUCAAAAUAUAAAUGGUAUUUCAUUAAAAUGGUUUAAAAAAUACUAAGAAUACAGAAUUUCUCAUCUAAAAAAAUUAUAGUUUAAACAUGGAGGUCAUGUAAAAACAAAAAACCUUGGAGAACUAAACCAUACAUGGGAGUCCUUAUUCACUGAAAGUAUUACCAAAAAGUUGGGAGUUCUACACUGUAUCUCUUCUUGGAGUAACUGUGUCAAAGUAGAUCUGCUUAGAAAUGGAUUCCCUUUCUCUGCGUUCAGAGAGAGUUCAACUGAUUUGGGUGGCAAAAAACCCUUUAAUUUAUUUGCCCUUCAGUUAGUCCUGAAAAGUCAAUACUGUUACAGAAGCUGAGUUGGUAUCAGGCUGGUGGCAAGGACAGGCUCUCCUUUCAGGGACACCUACAAAACACAAGGAAAAACCCACAGUGGCAUUACAUAAGUAUUUAGGAAACUUUUAAAAUCUGCUGACAUGAUUUGUGUAGCAGGGGUUGAGCAGGGAGGAGCAGGUGGGAGCUGCUGAGGGUCCAGUGACUCUGGUGUUGGUUUGGGGCAGUUAACCCUGAACUGAGUGAACUUUGGUGGUCACUGAGCAACCAGGAACAGAAAUUUAUAUUGUACCCCUGCUGAUGGGAAUGACUCUUCAGCCAUGUUUUAAGGAGGCAGAGAGGAUUCAGUCUUUGAUUUUUAACCAGUUAACAAGAGAAUCCAGUAGGCAUUUCAGCAAAACGUAACCUGGGUACACAUAAAUGUUCAGAUCUCUAUUUAGGACACGAGGAAAUGGAGUGAAGCUCUCAGGGAAGUUCAGCUUGGACACUGGUGAAAGGCUCUUCCCCCAGAGGGUGGCCAGGCACUGGAACAGGCUCACCAGAGAAGUGGUUGUGGCACCAAGUCUGCCAGAGCUCCAGGAAUGUGUGCAUGAUACACGUGGUGUAGUGGCAGCUACUCCUGCACGAAGCAGGGUUGGACAUGAUGGGUCCCUUCCCAGCAGGAUUUCUGUUGGUGACUUUUCUGGAACUUGAAUUGGGCUGCAGAUGCUCAAAAGAGCAUUAUAGCUCAGUGAAAUAAUUGCAUUGAAAUACUGUAUUUAAUGGUCAUUAAAGACUUUACGUAUAGAAUUUUCACAUGAUGUAAAGAGAUUUGCAUGUGACGGAUAUUAUGGAGUGUAGAAAUAAGCAAGGCACCUCAGUAAAGAGGAUUUAUUUCAAUUUCAGGCCAUCAUAGCUGAAUGAUGCAAAGCUGUUAUGGGGAUGGUGCUUCCCUAAGCCUUUAAUGAAGCCAGUUUUUUAGAUCUGUGGAUGAUGGCUGUUGAAGAGAAAUGAAUAAAAGAUUCUAGCUCUUCCAGAGAAUACGUUAAUACUGAUAAUUAUAUUAUGUGAAAUGUGAGUUUUUGACCCAGUCAGAAUGCUUUCAGGAACUACAUAACUUAGGAAGGAAAGCUGGAAAAAGCUGCCUCCUUGUAGUACAAACCAACCAUUCAUCUGCAUAAAUGAAAAAUUUUAAUGGAGAUCACUUUAAAAAAGGAAAUAAAAUACCAUGAUCUCUGCAGUCAGCAUUAAAAGCAAGUCAAUAUCAGGGACUCUUUAACUUAGUGGUUCAAAAUCAAUUGAAUUCUAAGCUUUAGGCUUAAAUCCACAGUAGGAUUGUAACCGAGCCUCAAUUGUGAAAAUGCCGUAUAAUUUCACAAGUUUUCCAAGCGUUUCCUUCAUCUGUGGAGAAGACUUCCCUUUGUUCAGCACUGACAGAAUUAUUCCGUGUCUCAUUCUCACCCAGGCUCUGCUUAUUUGUCUUUGCCAUGGCCCACAGGGGAGCUGCUGGAGGAGCCUGAGCCGAGCUGAUGCCGUGGGGGAACCGAGUUCAGCCUUCAGCCCUUUCUGUCACAGGGGGUGAAACUUGCCUGUCCGCAUUUUGGCAAAUGCCCUGACUGGGCAGUGUGGGAGAGGAGCAGACUAACAGAACAGCAUGAUCACCUAAGCUUGGUUUCUUCAGGAAAUCAGAAUUGAAUUCUGUUUAUCAUGUCCAGAGGUUAUUGAGUAAGCAUAAUGAUUUAGAUUAGUUGUUGAGAAUGUCUUGGGAUUAGGUAGCUAAAAGUUAAUAUAAAAAUAUUAAAGACAUCUAAAUCUUAUAGCUUCCAUCACUUGUAAGUAGUAUAGCUGUUUGAGGAAGGUCUUGAGUUUUCACUUAUCUCCCCUUCCAUCCCACAUUCUAAUUAAAUCAGAUAUUCUAGUCUAAAAUGAGAAAAUCAGUCAGUUAUCAUUGUUACUCUGAUCCGUUGCAGCCAUUACUGCAAUAGGAAAAUACUGCUGUUUUAAAAACACGACGUUACUCAGCUGUACUGGUUUUUAUUAUUACAUAAUUUCUGAAUUUAGCAUUUUACGUUUCUCAGUUUGUCAUCUGAAGUAUUGCUACUGGUAGUAAUACUAUAAAACUAAUUGUAAUUUCAAUGUAAUGAUCUUUUUAAUAGCAACUGCCGUGGCUUUUCACACUGCUUCCUUGUAUGUUUGGCCAGUUUCUGUAUCAGCCACUUCUUUGAGAUUUUUUUGCAGGGUGCUUCUGCUUGGACAGGGAAGAGGAGCCCUGUGUAGUGUAGAGAUAGAUAACACAUCUGCAGAAUGAACAGACAGACCAAGGGCAGUUGUUCUGACGGGGUGUGCUGCCUGUUAAAAACAGAAUCCAAAGGAUUUCUAGUUUACCUUCUUUUUUUGCUCUCCUCCUUGUGUUUGCUCAGUUUGGAGUGCUGAAGCAAUUUGUUCUUCAAGAGGACAUCCCUGAAAUACAUUGUUUCUGACAAGGAGCAAGAAUCUAUUAAACAUUUGGCUUAUGCUUUUUGUAGGAGUUGACAUGGUAAUUAGGAGAUGUGAGAUUGUUUUCCUACACACUGGGGUGUAAGAGUGGCAGGAGAGCUGGCAGGCUCAAUAAAGGAUGGAGAUUUCUCCCUGUAUGGCUGCUUGAAGUUUUGGGAGUCAAGAGCUUUUCCCAGCUGUUUGCUGGCUUAAUUAGAUUUUUUUUCCUGUCAAGAAAUCUGAAGGUCAACACAUGCUUAGUAGAGUCUGUCAUUUGGGAUGAUUAAACACCCAGAGAUAGAUCUUUAAAAACUGGUGGUGCACACUUGAAGAAUCUGUUGUGUUCAUUUCUAUGCUGGUCAGGAAAGCAACUGUAUUUUAACAGCUCGUAAACAGAGAGGUGGUUUCUUGCAAGUCUCUGAAGCACCUGUGGAAACUGAGCGUGGUUAUUGUCUCAGAGCAGAGAUCCCCGUGUGUGAGAUAAUUAAUGAGCAGUGUGGACGCAGGGACUGUUUAUUAGGAGCUCGUUAGUGACAUGCCAGCAGUUGAGCUCUCUGUGUACCAGCCUCCUAAACUUUUCCCAGUGUGAGUCAUGACAGUCACACACUUCCAGAGUGCUCUGGUUUGUGCUGUUACCUGUGUCUUGCAGUCAAGUGAAAAAGCAGCACUAUCAGCCCUAGGUCAGCAGUAAUGUUGGUGUCCUAAUGUUUCUGGUAGUGCUGCAGAAAACUUUGAGUAUUUACAGACAUGCUUUGCAGCUCCGUCCAUCUCUUGUCUGGCUGGAAGGGAAGCAGAUGUGCUAAAGGAAAUGGUGGGAUUCUUAACAGAGGAAUCAAAGGUCUUUCUGGGCCUGUUGGCUCAGUGUUUGGCUUUAUUCUUAUUUGUUUUGCUUUUAAAUUUCCUUGGUUAAAAGACACAUGUAGCAAUAGCAUGUUAAAGACAACUUUUGUUCAUCUCUGCUAGAGCUUUGACUCUGCUUUCAUAGAAGCUGGAGGAAAAUCUGAUCUGUCCAAUACAUGGGAAUUUUCUGGCUUAUGUUGGGAGUGUAACCUCAGCAGUUUGGUUCUGAGAGGUUCAGCUUCCAGUUUGAUGUGUUUUACUAUGGGAAUUCAUUUGAGGCAAAAAUUGCUGCAUAAUAUUGAAAAGCUCUCUGAGAUAAGGACAUCUUGUACAAGUAUCCUGUUACUUAAAGGGCACUGAAUGUUCAUAGUACUAAAUAGGAUUUCUAAACAGAUGGUCAUAAUUAACAUAAAAUACAUCCACAGAUAAGAGUCUAUUUGGUCUUCUAGUAAUUCUUUCAAUGGUCUGGUACUUUAGCUUUAAUUAAACCAUAGCACAGCCAACAAUGGAACUGCAGUAAGGAGUUUCUAGAUUUGAACACAGAGGGAACAUCUCAGCUUCCUCAGAACAAUUACCUUUUUUCUGUCAUCAGAGUAAAAAAAUAGAAUGCUAAGCAUGUCAUUAAAACAUUUGUGGAUUUGCAUUUGUAACAAGCUUGUUCAUAGCCUUGAAGUGACCCAACUGGUCUGUAGGUUGCCUAGAGAGCAAACACGGUGGCACAUCACAGCCCAGGGUGGGGCUGCUCCCUCCAGGGUGGAGCUCUGAGUGGAAAUCCUGAUGAUGGAAGCUUGGAUGAGAACAGUUUUGAUGAACUUCUUAGGCCUGGUACCUUUUCCAGGAAUGUGACUUAUGUAAGAUACAACAACAAUCUCCAUAAAGCCAUAUUUUCUUUGAAAUACACUUAUGUAAACAAUUUAUUUGGUACUAUUGCACAGAGUGAGACUUUUCAAGAGACAAGGAAGCCAUCUGAAGUUAUUGCUUACCUUAUCAUAGGUUUUGUCCUAAAUACCUGGAUUUUACAUACAUCAAAGAUUUCUUUGCUGUGAGUUCAUGGACAUAGUUAUAUGUAAGGUAGAAAUAUGGAAAGCAAAAUUGCACGCAGCAAUCUCUGCCCUUGAGUGCUCCAGUUCUUGCAAGAAAAUGCGGAAGUAACACGAGAAUCAUAAAACUAAGAACUGGUUUCUCAUUCUUUUACUGCUUUCUUAUGGCUCUUGAUAUUUGUUAGUUGAUUUCCAUUUUACAGAAAGAGAAAAUGUGUUUUUAAAAAAGCAAAGUUCGUUUAGUUUGGUGUCUGAUGAAGAUCUGCAGAAGGAAGGCAUUGUUUUACUUCAUUUCAAAUGAAAAUAACAUUCUAAGCCACACCCUCUCCCCCAAAAUAAUUAAUGCCAUUUAUUGUGAAUGAGUUUAACUUAGGGUAGUCUGCAUUAAUUUAGUUCAUGAGCCUUUUUUGGUACAGUUGUUAAACUCACCCAGAGAUGGCGUUUUUGAGUACUUCAGCAUAAGGAUUUGGUUUUGUACUUGUCUUGGUAAUAUUGAAAUUGUGGUCUGUUUUUUAAUUAAAAGUUAUUCUAAAUUGCCAGAAAGCAUGUUUUAAAUACUCUGUUAUUCACUUACAGCUGCCAAAACAUAGUACAGUGAAAUAAUGGUCUGCUAGCCUGCUAAACAAGUGUCCAGCUUCCACAAUGCCUGUGCAGGCAGCUCAGUGGACAGAAUUUCUGUCCUGCCCAAUCUGCUACAAUGAGUUUGAUGAGAAUGUGCACAAACCCAUCAGCUUAGGUUGCUCUCACACCGUGUGCAAGACCUGCCUGAACAAGCUCCAUCGCAAGGCAUGUCCUUUUGACCAGACUGCCAUCAACACCGACAUCGAUGUGCUCCCUGUGAACUUUGCACUCCUCCAGCUCGUUGGAGCCCAGGUACCUGAUCAUCAGACAGUAAAGUUGAGUAAUGUAGGAGAGAACAAACAUUAUGAAGUAGCAAAGAAAUGUGUUGAGGAUUUGGCACUCUACUUAAAGCCAUUAAGUGGAGGAAAAGGUGUUGCAAGCUUGAAUCAGAGUGCACUGAGCCGUCCCAUGCAGAGGAAGCUUGUGACACUGGUGAAUUGUCAGCUGGUGGAGGAGGAGGGUCGGGUCAGAGCCAUGAGGGCAGCUCGGUCGCUGGGAGAGAGAACUGUCACAGAACUCAUCCUGCAGCACCAAAAUCCUCAGCAGCUUUCUGCCAAUCUUUGGGCUGCUGUCAGGGCACGAGGGUGCCAGUUUCUAGGACCAGCUAUGCAAGAGGAGGCACUGAAACUUGUAUUACUGGCACUGGAAGAUGGCUCUGCACUCUCAAGAAAAGUUCUGGUACUUUUUGUUGUGCAAAGGCUGGAACCAAGAUUUCCUCAGGCCUCUAAAACAAGCAUUGGUCAUGUUGUGCAGCUACUGUAUAGAGCAUCAUGCUUUAAGGUCACUAAAAGGGAUGAAGAUUCUUCUCUGAUGCAGCUUAAAGAAGAGUUCCGGAGUUACGAGGCUUUGCGGAGAGAGCACGAUGCCCAAAUUGUUCACAUUGCCAUGGAAGCAGGACUUAGAAUAUCACCAGAGCAGUGGUCUUCCCUUCUGUAUGGAGACCUGGCACAUAAAUCACACAUGCAAUCCAUUAUUGACAAGCUUCAAUCUCCAGAAUCUUUUGCUAAGAGUGUACAAGAAUUGACAAUUGUCUUGCAGCGCACGGGGGAUCCUGCAAACUUAAACAGGCUGAGGCCUCAUUUAGAGCUCCUGGCAAACAUAGAUCCAAAUCCAGAUGCAGCAUCUCCAACAUGGGAGCAGCUGGAAAAUGCAAUGGUGGCUGUAAAGACUGUGGUCCAUGGGCUGGUGGAUUUCAUUCAGAAUUACAGUAGAAAAGGCCAUGAAACUCCACAGCCACAACCAAAUAGCAAAUACAAAACAAGUAUGUGCCGAGACCUUCGACAGCAAGGGGGGUGUCCAAGAGGAACAAACUGUACAUUUGCUCAUUCUCAGGAAGAGCUUGAAAAAUAUCGCUUGAGGAACAAAAAAAUCAGUGCAACAGUGAGAACAUUCCCCCUUCUAAACAAAGUUGGCGUAAACAGCACCGUCUCAACCACCACGGGAAACGUGAUCUCUGUCAUAGGAAGCCCAGAGGCAACGGGCAAGAUGGUGCCAAGUACCAAUGGAAUAGCUAAUCUAGAACCUGGGGUGCCCCAGCUGAUCCCCCGCUGUGCAGACACCUCCCUGAGAGCUCUGGACAGCACCAAGAAGGGAGGCAAGACUGGAGCCAAUGGCCAGAACGCUUCUGGGUCCCCCACAGAAUCACUUCCUGAAAAUAAAAUCGGUUCUCCACCCAAGACUCCUGUAAGCCAGGCAGCAGCUACCUCAGCUGGUCCUCCUAAUAUUGGAACAGAAGUCAAUUCUGUGCCUCCAAAAUCCAGCCCAUUUGUUCCCAGAGUACCUGUCUACCCUCCACAUUCUGAUAACGUUCAAUAUUUCCAAGAUCCCAGGACUCAGCUGUCAUAUGAAGUUCCACAGUACCCACAGACAGGGUAUUACCCAGCACCUCCAACAGUACCAGCUGGUGUGGCUCCCUGUGUUCCUCGCUUCGUGAGGUCCAAUAACGUUCCAGAAUCCUCCCUCCCACCUGCCUCCGUGCCAUAUGCCGAUCAUUACAGCACAUUUCCCCCUCGAGACCGACUGAAUUCUCCCUACCAGCCUCCUCCUCCGCAGCCCUAUGGGCCAGUCCCUCCUGUCCCCUCUGGAAUGUACGCUCCAGUCUAUGACAGCAGGCGCAUCUGGCGCCCACAGAUGUACCCACGGGAUGAUAUUAUUAGGAGCAAUUCUUUACCUCCCAUGGAUGUGAUGCACUCAUCUGUCUAUCAGACAUCAUUGAGGGAGAGGUACAACUCUCUGGAUGGGUAUUACUCUGUGGCUUGUCAACCUCCAAACGAGCAGAGGACUGUGCCUUUACCAAGGGAGCCUUGUGGUCAUUUGAAGACUGGUUAUGAUGAGCAGCUGAGACGGAAGCCGGAGCAAUGGGCACAGUACCACACACAGAAAACUCCUCUGGUAUCGUCAACCCUUCCUAUGGCAACGCCAUCUCCAACACCACCCUCUCCUCUCUUCAGUGUAGAUUUCAGCACAGAGUUCUCAGAGAGUGUCAGUGAUUUGAGUGGAACUAAAUUUGAGGAAGACCAUCUCUCUCACUAUUCACCGUGGUCUUGUGGCACUAUUGGCUCUUGUAUAAAUGCUAUCGACUCAGAGCCCAAGGAUGUGAUUGCCAAUUCCAAUGCCGUGUUAAUGGAUUUGGACAGUGGGGACGUUAAAAGGAGAGUGCAUUUAUUUGAAACGCAGAGAAGGGCAAAGGAGGAAGAUCCGAUAAUCCCGUUCAGCGACGGACCCAUCAUCUCCAAGUGGGGUGCAAUCUCCAGGUCAUCCCGCACAGGUUAUCACACAACAGAUCCAAUCCAGGCCACUGCUUCCCAAGGAAGUGCUACUAAGCCCAUCAGUGUAUCAGAUUAUGUCCCUUAUGUCAAUGCUGUAGACUCAAGAUGGAGUGCCUAUGGCUCAGAUUCUGCCUCUUCAGCACGUUAUGCGGAACGGGACAGGUUCAUAGUAACAGAUUUGUCUGGUCACAGAAAGCAUUCCAGCACUGGAGAUCUACUGAGUAUUGAAUUACAGCAGGCCAAAAGCAACUCCUUACUCCUUCAGAGAGAGGCAAACGCGCUUGCCAUGCAGCAGAAGUGGAAUUCUCUAGAUGAAGGCAGUCGUCUUACCUUAAACCUUUUAAGCAAGGAAAUUGAUUUGAGGAAUGGUGAGACUGAUUAUCCUGAAGACUGUGCAGACACAAAGCCAGACCGAGACAUUGAAUUGGAGCUGUCAGCCCUCGAUACAGACGAACCUGAUGGGCAAGGGGAACAGAUAGAAGAGAUUCUGGACAUACAGCUAGGGAUUAGCUCCCAAGAGGAUCAGCUGCUCAAUGGAACAACCGUAGAGAACGGGCAUCUGCUAAAGCAGCACCAGAAAGAAUCUAUGGAACAGAAGAGACAAAGUUUAGGUGAAGACCUUGUGAUUCUGGAGGAGCAGAAAACAAUCCUGCCCGUAACUUCUUGCUUCAGUCAGCCGAUCACAACAUCUGUUAGCAAUGCAAGCUGCCUGCCCAUCAGCACAUCAGUCAGUGUUGGCAGCCUCAUUUUGAAAACUGCUCACAUUAUGUCUGAGGAUAAAAAUGACUUUUUAAAGCCUGUUGCAAAUGGCAGGAUGGUUAACAGCUGAAAGGCAUUCAUCUUUCCAGCUUGUGACCACACCAUGGAAGCAUUUACACUAGCUUUUUAUAUAUAUAAUAUAUAUUAUAUAAUGUAUAUUUUUUUUAAAAAAAAUAAUAUUGGGGUCAUGCAUUUCCUGUGGACUCUUUGAUACUUCAAGCCCCUCUCGCAUUAGCAUUCUGAAGAAAAAAAAACUUACUUUAGUAGGGUAAGGCGUUCACUUUCCACAAAUGAAUGGAAUUUGGACAUUGUUUUACUUAAGCUUAAAGCAGCUUUUUAUGAGUUUGUAGCAAUCCGGUGCAGUAUCUGAGCCAUUCUUGUUGAAAAUGGCUUCUGUAGAAAACUAACAACUCAGUUAUUUAAACUAGCAGGAUCCUACGAUGAUACAUCUAGUGAAAGGAAGACUAACUUAUUUGUCUCUAUUUUGUUUCACGAGAGAAGAACUUUUGUCUUGUUGCAGCUGCUUUUUCUUUAGUUGUGGAACUUUGCAUGGAGUCUUGUUUCCUGUUGGAAGACUGAGAGGUGGAGAUUUGGACUUGAGGCUUUUACAGGGUUAACACACCUUCAGCUUUGCACUGCUGUGUUAUUUGUAGGUCUGUGGGGCAGUGCUUUGCUGCAGCUUUUGGUUUCCAUUCCCCCCAGUUGAUGCUUUAGUACUGUAGACACACAUACACAGGCUACUUGUCCAAGUAAAGUUACCAGAAGUAAAUCAAGUGCCUAAGUCCUCCAGCUAAUGUACUAGGUAUUGAUUUCCCCAAGCUACACAUGAAACAAUUUUCAACGAUUUUGAGAGGUUAUGCACUAAUGUAACAGCAAUUUUGGUUUUGUUUUUCUUACUUUACUUUUUUUCGUUGAUAGUUCUCAACUUGGAGAUUAUAGGAUCCAGAUGACUUGGCAAAAAGUAUCAGGUGCUCUUGGCUUUCCUUUGAAAACCCUGUAUCUAGUGUUUGCACUGACUAACAAGAUGGUAUUGCUGUUUUUUGUACUGUUUUGUUUUAAUUUAAACUAAAUAUUGGGAAUUUAAGGUGGUUGUAAUUACCUUUGUUAAAUGUUGUUAAUCAUAAUCUUGUAUUCAGGUUUAAUUUUUGUUUAUUCAGUGGCAACUUAUUUUCAAAGACCUUGAAAAUACAAUGAGAUAGCAUUAUCUGACCUUCAGAGUGCUGAAAACUGUAUGAAUUUAUGCCCUGUUAAGAGGUGACUGAGAAUCAUGUUAGACAUGUCAACUGAAAAUUGGUUUUCAUAAAUACACAUGAACUAGAGCCCUGGGCAUAUUUUUUUGAGAAGCUUAAAAAUCCACUUUUUUUUUUCUUUGAAGAAAGCAGGACUCUCCCUCCUGAUGAUUACUCUCUUCUUGUUUGUCCUCUUACUUUUCUUUGUGACAAGUUUUACAUUUUUUUAUGUUUUUAUUAACUUCUGUGAAGUUGUUUACUCUGAAAAUUGUACUGGAAUAUUUUAAGCCAAGCUGAUCUUUCACCAGGUGUACUGCAUGUAAGGGCUUUUCCUGCUAGCAAAAUGCUUAAAGAGGAUCAUGUUACUGGUCGUCUGAGUUGUUAUUUUACAAAAUCACAGCUAUGUGGUCGGGUAAGAUUUUGAUAACUGUUUUGUGCACGCUUCUGGGGGGUGGGGGUUGGCAUUUCCCUGAGGGUUACUGAUUAGACUAAGUAAAUAUUGGUGUUUGAUAUCUCUCCUAACGAACCUGUCCAUGAAAUAAUUAUGUUGUAAAUAUACCUGCAAAUCCAAGGGUUAGUUUUGAUAUUCUGGUGUCAGUAUGGAAGAUCUUACACAUCUAUUUAAUACUCCAGUGUCAAGGAAUGUAUGUAGAAAAACAGUCGAGUAGUCUUUUCUUAGUUUCCUUUGGCUGUUGCUGUACCUUCUCCAGCCAGUGCCACCUCACUCUAGGGUUAGACUGACGCUUCUUUCACUCGCUCCGUGAAGUGAAUGGAUACAAGAACCAGACCACCUUUGUCACCUUAACUUAUUUCCUAUUGAUGUUAACUUUAACUUAGAAUGUUAGACAUAAAUAUGAUUGUUGUAUAUUUUAUACCAAGACCAUUCUGUAAAUAUGAAUUUAUAUUACUUUUGAAAUGCUUCUGAGAUACUAUUAUUUGCUGUACAAUGUAAUUCCAAAACAGAUAUGCAAACAAGUAUGUCUCUUUCAUGGAUAUUUAAACAGUGAGAUCUUCCAUGUUGAAGGUGAUGUAAUUUUUUUAAAAGAUUUUUAAAUUUUAAAUUGCUAUUUUGUUACAAAAAUAGAGAAAAUAUAAAGGUUUGAGAAGUCCUUAUUUGCCCUCAGGGAAAGAGCCCUCUGUGCACCAGAACUCCACAGAACAUCUUCAGCAUGAUCUGAGGGUGAAUAUAUACUACAUAAAUUGAUUGUGUAUUUACCUUAACUUUUUAAUUUUAAAAUGGCAAUUUUAAAAACUUGGUUGUGCUCUGCUGGAGGGGGUUGGGAUAAGCUGCUUACACACAUUUGCCUGUUUGUCCAGUGAAAUAAGCCUGACAUACUCCUGCCAAGGUCUUGGCAUAUUUAAGAACAAGUGUAUCUCUAGACUCUUGUCUGCAGCAGGAGGUCCCAUAGAGCAGUUCUCUAGGAUGGCCAUACACUUCAUGUGGAAAGUUGGCUCUCAACUGAGGCUAGAGUUUUCUAGUUGAAUUUUUAACCUAUAACGACAGGCAAAAGAAUCAUUUGAGGGUUUAACAGCAUGCUGGCUUUGUAUUAUGGUUUUAAGACUGACUGUGUGGUUUUUGCCACCAAACUAAUGCCCUCCAGUGCCCUGACAGGGAGAAGAAGCUGCAGGUGGGAACACCUGGCUCUGGCUUCCUUCUUUGUUGAAAUUUCAGCCCUUGACCCUUUACAAACAAGUAUGUAUUCAUUUGUUAAUUGUAAAUCAGGUGCCUUUGGGCUAUGGAGGGGCUUAUUUUCUGACACUGAGAGAGUGACUUACCUUUGUGUGUCAAUAGCAGUGAUGCCCAUUUAGGUUUUGGCCUAAUUUACUGUGCUGUCAGAAAAGAAGGCCCGGAGCAGAUUGGGGAAAGAGAUUGGCUCUUUUGCUUUGCUUGGACAAGCAUUUUGGUUUGGUUUGGUUAAUUAUUUUUUUUUCCCCAUUAGGGGUACAGCAGGGAUUUCACAUGCAAGAGAGACAGGAAUUAUUAGUAUCUAAGUUAAUUGUGUUGCCUCACUACCUGGAUUCAUUCCUUGGUUUGCCUCAUUUCCCACAUAGGUCUUAAAAGAGACUAAUGCUUGUGCUGGGAGAAUGCUUGUGUGAGAAAAUAACUAUCUGUACAUUCUUAACAUAUACUUAGAGCAGAGUGAUUGCCCUGCUACUGAUAUUUUGUUCCUGUAAACAGGUGACAAGAAAUGAAUCUUAGUGUUUAUGCAGAUUUUGCAUUGUAGAAUGUAUACUAGACCCUUCAAAGGCAAGGUUAGACUCUUUGCAAAGCAAACUGGCGUUGGUUCUUGGUAGUCUAGUACAGGGACACUAAAGUUUGGCAUUUGAUUUAGGAAAAAGAAAACAGUUGCAGAAAGCUGAUUAUGUUAAAUAAGCUCUUAAUUAAGCUCUUUGUAGAAGUCUAAUUUGGAAGGUUUUAGUGCUUUGAUAACUCAAUUGAAAUUUUAAUUUCUCCUGUACUCAAGAGCUGAAUGCUGUUCUUGUAUAAUAGUGUACUAGGCUGGAUGAGGUACAAAAUAAUGCACAGUGGUCAGAAACAGCUGAGGAAAGAACGCUUAAAAUAACUCAAUCUAAACUCAGAAUAGUUCCAACCAUUGGUUUUGUUUGCUUUUUUAAAGCACAAGUUGUCAAGUUGUACCUGUUGCUGUACAUAAACACUGUAUGCCAGCAGCUCCUUGAUCAUAUUUGUGAACAGACUUUUCAUUAUUAGACUGGUAUUAAAGGAAGGUGUUGAAUUUGAGAGUGUAACAAAAUGAGAAAUGAUCAGAUGAUCUAUAGGAUGUAAAAGUCCAUUUUUAUGUUGUAGUUUAAUCCCUUUGUUAGGAAGUUCCCUCUCAUUGAGGGACCUCUUCUGCAAGCAGAACACAAUAAAUGUGCUUUUUCAAAUGACCCAAUUUCCCAAUAUAUAUGAACAGCUGACUUUGGCAGUAGUCAUCCCCCUGCAUCUCUUUGCUGGCAAGGGAGCAGGACAAGGGUGGGAAGAAUCCCCAAAACUGUCACUGAUGAAGUGAAACAAAUCUGAAUAAUCAAAGUGCCCAAUGCCCAAACAUAAUUCUACACCCCAUUUAUUUAAGGAUGCUUGUGGAAGCUUUUAAUCACUCAAGAUUCUGCUGUAAAAGCUGAAAUAAAGCAGAGCCUGGCUGCGUUUCUUACUGCCAAAAGCCAAGGUCAUUUGCACAUAGCCCAUGGAUUUCUCCAGAGUAGAUCUCCGUUACCCAAGGCAUGGGAAUGCAUGCGUUUUCUUAGCUGGGCAAACAAGUACAUUAUACAGUAGUUGUGAUACAACACACGUGGCUUUGAUUUGUACUGCACAUACCCACUGUACAGCCACUCCGAAGUAUUGUGGUUAGCUUGCAGCAUCUGCUGUCGCAUUGAUACUGUUUACUGCGUAUUCUUUUCCCUGGAAGUUUUAAAGAAAAUUUUUUUUUUCUUGUUGCAUUGAUUACAUUUUAUAAAUUUGCUUAGCUGGAAAGUUUGGGAAAAGAGGCCUGUUUGUCAAUUGUACAACCGAUUGUGAAGCUCUAGUGUGAAUAUUUUUACGUCUGUAUUAGACAUUUUCUUUGCAAAUCUAUUGUUCGAUUGAAAUGUAAAUGAAAUAAAAGAUGGUGUACACCCAUCAUGUAUAAAGCAGGCACCAUCGCUACGAUGGAUUUAAUGCUCAUUUUUAUGGCGCAUUCUCAGCUUCUAUUUAAAACUAUAAUUUAAAGAAAAAAAAAAUCUGUAAAAUGAAAUGGGGAUAUAUGGGGGAGUAAAUUCUAUUCCGUUUAUUUCGGUUUUGAUUCCCAAUGGUAAUGUUUCCCUUCGUGUUAGAGUAGGGGGGCCCCGGCGGGGCCCGUGUGUCGCUGUAGCACUGACGUGCAGAGGUUGUAGCUUUGGCUGGGCACGGAUAGAGCAUCCCGGUUCGGUGUUUGAGAGACUCGAUGGAAGAAGUUUGCAGUAUUGACAUGUAUUUGCAUGCACGAAUAAAAAUUAUUUGUCCACCUUAA